UAUCUUUUGUGUUGGCGACCACCAAAACAACACAAGGGGCAUCUGUCUUGGAGCUGCCAGUACUCCGAAACUCCUCACUCCUCCGUUUAUUGACCUUGUCAGUUUCAAAACGAUCCGGCCGGAGCGCGUGUUAAAUUCGCCCCCCAUCUCACUAUCAAUAAUGGCUGGAUUGACUGCGCAUCUGGAAUGGGACUGAGGCUGCGUUGAAGAGUCACCGAGUGGAUAACAGUGUUGUUAGCAGCAAGCUAACGGGGCGGCUUCCUCUCUCACUGUACAAACGACCACGAGCAAGCGGGUGGCUAAUUCCGUUUUGGGGAGAAAGAGAGAGAAACAAAAUGUAAAUGGAUACAGGCCCGAAGAGACGGGGACUGGCAGUGCCAGUGAUGGCCUCUCCCAUGCCCGUCUACUUCCUCCUCGUGCUGGUGCUACUGGCCGGGUGGCCCACGAGCCAGGCGGGCGACUGCAAGGGUCACCGGCAGGUUUUGAGGGGGCCACCGGGUUAUGUGACUGAUGGACCAGGGAACUACUCGGUUAAUGGCAACUGCGAGUGGCUCAUCAAUGCACCGAGCAGCAGCUAUCGCAUUGUAUUGAACUUCACGUUCAUGGACACAGAGUGCACCUACGACUACCUAUUUGUGUAUGAUGGAGACUCCUACCAAAGCCCCUUGCUGGCCAGUCUGAGUGGCAACACUCUACCACAGCCCAUUGAGGCCACAUCUGGAAAGAUGCUCCUUCAUCUCUUCAGCGACGCCAAUUACAAUCUGUUGGGGUUCAACGCCACCUACACGUUCUCUGUGUGCCCCGGUGCAUGCGGUGGCCACGGGCGCUGUGACCCAUCUACGCACAAGUGUCACUGCCACCAGGGCUGGGGUGGGUCUGCUUGCACGACACCGCUGUGCUCCCACGCAUGCGCGGCACGUGGCCAGUGUGACAAGAAAGGAGAGCGCUGCCUAUGUAACCCUGGAUUCCUGGGUCACAGUUGCCAACUCGGUCUCCACGAUGACAAUGGGGCCGGGCAGUGGUGGCGCGUCAGUGAGGGAGACCCUUACAUGUCGCCUCGGACGGGUUCUGCUGGUGUGUACCUGUCCUCCACUGGAGCCAUGUACUUGUUUGGAGGAUUUGACUUGAACAGAGCGCUUGGUGACUUGAACAAAUACAACUUCACAUCCAACCAGUGGGAGAGCAGAUCUUAUGGUUACUCUCCUUUGCCGCGGCAUUCCCACACUGCUGUGGAGUGGGCAGGAUACAUGGUAAUCUUCGGAGGGGAACUAGCCAAUGGCUCCUUGGCGAGCGAUGUCUGGAUGUACCGCCCCUUGCAAGAUGAUUGGCAGCAGCUUGGCUUUCCAAACACAGGGGGCGCCCCCAAUCUGGCCAACCAUGCAGCAGCGGUGGUAGACAGCUAUCUCUACGUAUUUGGAGGUCGCACUGAAGAGGACAUGUUUUCCUCCUCCCUGUAUCGCUUCAGCCUGCGGGGCUCUGGGCGUUGGGAGAUCAUCCAGCCCACUGGUGGGAAGCCCCCGGCCACUGCUGGCCACUCUAUGGUGUUCCACAGCCCUUCUAGGACACUGCUAGUCUACGGGGGUCACCGGCCAACUACUGCCAGGUUUAGCGUAAGGGUAAACAACACUGACACAUUCCACGUAGACCAGCGCUUUUGGACGGCAUUCCGCUCCCGCUACCCAGCGACGGGACCCCGAGAGAGAGCCUUCCACACAGCCACCGUCAUUGGCAACUACAUGGUAGUCUAUGGUGGGAAUGUUCACAUCCACUACCAAGAGGAGAAGUGCUACGAUGAGGAGAUCUUCUUUUACCAUUUGGGCUGUCACCAGUGGGUGAUGGCAGGGGAGAGAUGGUCACUGAGUGGGGAGGCUGUCAAGGGGCGCUACUCCCAUGUCGCUGCGGUGAUGGAGGGGCGGGUGCUGCUGGUUGUUGGGGGUUACAACGGUGUUACCCGAGGAGACUUGGUGGCCUUCAAAGUCCCGCUGUUUGUCAGUAGUAACGAAGGAGACAGGGACGCUCUGUGCGCCGAGGCCCUGGAUGAAAGCAUGUGUCUGAAGAACCCUGAAUGCAGUUGGUGUGAAGGCCGCUGUCGAGAGUAUGACCCCACUAAUCAGUGCGGCAGCACCGGCUGCCUGGGAUUGGCACGUUUCCUUUCCGACUGUCAGUCCUGCUUGGUGUUCAGCGGCACGCCUGCUACGCUGGCCCGAGCACCCGGUGAAUUCGGCUGGUGUGUUCAGAAUGAGUCUUGCCUGCCUGUGUCAGAGCAAAGUGCGUGCCGUGUGGACCAGAUCUCAGGGGCGUACGGCUGGUGGGGGGAGCGUACCCUUUUCCUAACCUCCCUCCACUCCUGUCGCACCGAGAACUAUGUCCCGGGACUGCACCUGCUCACCUUCCAGCACCCCCGCAACGACUCCCAGCCUGACAAGGUGUCCAUCCUACGAAGCACUACCAUCAUCCUCAGCCCGACCACCGAGAUGGAUGUGGCCCUACAGUUCAGGGGCUUCAUCCACCCUCUGUGGGGGGUGCCCACGACCCCUCCCACCGAGACCGUCUCCAUGUGGGCUCGUAUCCAGAGGCUUCACUUUGAGGCUCGCGUGGCAUCUGGCCCCAACUCCAGCCAACUGGAGGUUGUUGGUCGUUGGGCAGCUCAGCAGGAAAAAGAGUUGAAGUUGCUGUCUCGCAUCGACGGCAGUAAACUGUUUUCCAACCUGACCAGAGGCAACCAUUACCUAGUUCAGGCUGAGGGAUACCUAAACAACUCAGGCUCUGGACAGACCAGUGAAAUGGCCCUCAUCUGGAACAGAACCCUGUCAGGAGGGAGCGAAAUCUCCUUCCUGUUCCUGGAGCCGUACCGCUCAGGUUUCUGUUCAAGCUACAUGUCCUGUCUGGCCUGUCUGUCGGAUCAGUCUUGUGGCUGGUGCCCAUCUCUUUCCCGAUGCCUACUUCGGGACAGGCCCGAAUUGGAGCCAUGUCCAGAAGAGGAGCUAGGAGAGGGAGUUGGAGAGUUGGCUGAGCGCCAUCUGCUGCUAGCACCCCAGCACUGCACCCUUUGUGAAGAGUACAGGGACUGCUCGGCUUGCACUCAGGACCCUUACUGCGAAUGGCAGAUCAACUCCAGCAAGAAGGGUGACUACCAGUGCAGCAGGAGAGGACGUUUAGAUGGGUCCAUACGUCACCCAGCAGGCUGUCCAAGAGUCUGCAACCAGCGCAAGACUUGUUCCGAGUGCCUAUCAAACUCCAGCCAGUGUGCUUGGUGCGAGUCUGCCCAGACCUGCUUUUAUUUCGCUGCCUAUCUCACUAAAUACCCCUAUGGAGAGUGCAGGGACUGGUAUGACAGUGUGCAUUCAGUUCCACAAUGCAAACAAUGUUCCACCUUAAACACAUGCAACGACUGCCUACGGACGUUCCAGUGCGGAUGGUGUGGUGACUACAACAAUCCUACAAUUGGAAAAUGUUUGAGAGGUGAUUGGGCUGGAAUGGACGACUCAUCUGUUUUUAACUGUAGUGUUGCUGUAGCUGAAGCCCGGAUUGCUAACCCCGAGCCGCAGACUUCUGCCCCGCCACGUCCUUUGGAGAUGGAGAUGGAGCUGGAACACAUGGAGCAUGAAGAGCAAGACGCUGUGUGGUCCUACCCCACUUGCCCCGAUGUUGAAGAAUGCCGCCUGGGACUCCACAACUGUCACCCUUUUGCCACCUGCAUCAACACUCCCACCUCUUUUGAGUGCCACUGCGAGCGAGGUUACACAGGGGAUGGCACUCUGCACUGCAACCAGACAUGCUACAAUGAGUGCCGAGAAGGUCAGUGCAGCGGCAGUCCGCGUUUCGAAUGUGAAUGUUCACUUGGUUGGACCUCUGAUCCUGCCACUCUGGUCCUGAGUGGCGUCGAAUGUGAUGUGGACUGUGGCUGCAACUUUCACUCUACCUGUAUUACUGCGCCAGGGAUUUGUGAUGAAUGCCAAGACUGGACUACAGGACCCCACUGCGAGCAUUGCCGCCCAGGGAGCUUCGGCUCAGCCCUGGCCGGUGGCGGCGGUUGUGUGCAGUGUGAUUGUAACGGUCACGGCGACUUGCUACGAGGGUACUGCCACAAUCAAACUGGCCAGUGCUACUGCACACAUAACACCCACGGCCCACAUUGUGAGUCCUGCCUGCCUGGUUACUACGGUGACCCAAGGAACAAUGGAACAUGCUAUCGCCAGUGCCAGGGCCGCUCUGUGCUGCUCUCCUCCACCACCUCAUCCCCUGCCAUACCGCUCUCGUCCUCUCUGGGUUGGCGGAGUGGCACGGAGGGGAAAGGUGGACUCUCCCAUUGCCUGUGGGUCCUUUUGGUGACCCAGAACCUGGCACCGUGUCUGCCCAGGCAGCCGUGUCCACCGGUUGCCCUCACACUGCAUCCAGAUUCCCAUACCCAUUGUGAAAGUUCUUAUGUGUAUGUAUUUGAUGGCCUUCCUCGUUUCCUGGACAAUGGCGUUGUACAUUCAGACCACAAUUUGAUCGGGGCAUUCUGCGGCACCACAAGGACGCAGCCUAUCACUGUUGUGGCCACCUCAGGUGUGAUCUCUGUCUAUUUUGAAGCCAACGUGUCAUCAAACAAACCCCAAGGCUUUAACGCGUCAUACUGGGUGCGGCGGUGUCGCGACAAUUUAGACGAGGGUGACGACGGGUCACCGCAGUGUCCUGGUGGCGCGCAAUGCCGAGGGGGGAUUUGUGAAUGUCCUCUGGGAUACGGAGGUCCCCACUGCGAUCGUCCCGUGUGUCCCCAAGACUGUGGAGUCGCGGAGGGCCGAGGAACUUGUAAUAUAACUCUGGGAGUCUGCGUGUGCUCAGAGAAUUGGGCUGGCUCGGACUGCGCUGUCCCUCGGGACUCCAACAGCCUGAUAUGGGAGACACUGCUGGAUACACAACUGACAGUGAACCAGGCACACAGGUUCCUCCACAGAAUGGGCCACUCUCUGGUGUCUGGACCUUACGGUAACCUUUGGAUGUACGGAGGACUCUCUCUUUCUGAGGGCAUUCUGGGAAAUAUUUACAGAUAUUCUGUAUUGGAGCGCCGUUGGACCCAAAUGUUGACAAGUUCAGCAGAUGAGGGUUCAACUCCAGCCCCUCGCUAUCACCAUGCUGCCGCUCUGCUAGGCAGCUAUGAAACAGGAACCAGUCAUAGCAACAUGCUAGUAGUGGGCGGUGUUACUCAGCACUCAGUUGCCUUGGACACUUGGAGUCUUAACCUCAGCAGUUUGGUCUGGAGAGAACACAAGAGCUCAGUGUUGCCCCCAGUGGCGGGCCACACACUGACGGUGCGUCGUGACAACUCAGUGCUCUUGAUCGGCGGUUACUCGCCGGAAAACGGCUUCAACCACAACCUGUUGGAGUUCAGCCCUUACACCGGAAAUUGGACCAUCGUAGCCCACACGGGCACGCCACCAACAGGCUUAUACGGCCACUCGGCCGUUUACCACGAGCAAACCGAUGCCGUCUACGUGUUUGGAGGUUAUCGUUUCCAUGUCGAGGCCGUGGAACCAUCGGGAGAGCUUUAUAGCCUGUUCUACCCAAAUUUUACAUGGUCUCUCCUGGUACCUUCACAGGGUAAUAAGCCCCUUUCCCGUUUCUUUCACGCUGCAGCCCUAAUGAAAGACACCAUGGUCAUCGUCGGAGGACGGACAGAAUUCGAGGAUUAUAGUGACUCAGUUUCCUUGUAUCAGAUCAACUGUAACACUUGGAUCCAACCAGAGUCUGCCAUCGGCGAUCCGGUCAAUCGCUCAGUGUCUCUUGCCAUGGCGAGCUGGGGUGGCAGUCUCAUUUUGUCCGGGGGUUUCAACGGGGUCACUUUAGGGCGGCUACUGAAUUUAACCGUGCCCGCUGAUCCAUGCGCCGUAAUGGCCACGCCAGAGUCAUGCAACACCACCACUGGCAGCUGUGUUUGGUGCCGAGGGGUCUGUGCGUCUUCAGAUAGUGCUGAACGAAUGGGUUGUUUCUCUGGUCAGUCCCCCUGUUGGCCUACUCCUCGCCAGCCAGAUCAGUGCCGCAGACUUAAAACCUGCAGCGAAUGUCUUGCCCGUCACCCAAAAACUUUCUCCGGCCCAUUGCAGCCUGCUUUCCAGUGCAAAUGGUGCACCAAUUGUCCCGAGGGGGCUUGCAUCAGCAACUCUGUGAGCUGCACAUCUGAACACGACUGUCGCAUCAACCAGCGAGAGAUCUUCCUCUCCAGCAACUGCACGGAAACAAGCUGCGAGGCUUCCGACUGCCCCAAGUGCACAGCGUCAGGCAAAUGCAUGUGGACCCGCCAGUUCAAACGCACAGGAGAGACGCGGCGCAUCUUGAGCGUGAACCCCACAUAUGACUGGACCUGCUUCAGCUACGCCCUGCUCAACGUUUCGCCAAUGCAGGUGGAAUCGUCUCCUCCGCUGCCAUGCCCUCCACCCUGCCACACCCUCCUCAACUGCAGCCUCUGUCUGGGCUCCAGAGGAUCUGACGGGGGCUGGCAGCACUGUGUGUGGAGCAUGGCUCUGCAGCAGUGCAUGAGUCCUUCCUUCGUGCCACUGCGAUGUGAAGCGGGCCAGUGCGGUCGUCUUCUUUCCGGUGGCGACUCUUGUUCUCCCCAGUGCUCCCAGCUCACCCAGUGCUCCCAGUGCAUCGCCAGACCCCAGUGCGGCUGGUGCUCCACGCUGGGGGGUAACGGAGCAGGGUACUGCCUUCAAGGGGGACUUAAUGGAGUGAGUGAGGGUGUGUGUCCACUCAGGAAUAGCAGCUGGUCGUUCCUGCACUGUCCAGAGGAGGAUGAGUGUGCAAACGGUCAUCACCACUGCAACAGCACACAGGACUGUCAUGACCUUUCUCAAGGAUACCACUGCACCUGUAAACAGGGCUACAUACUCAGCAGUGUGAGUGGCCAGUGUGAGCCAGUAUGCGCACAGGGCUGUGUGAACGGGACGUGCGUUUCCCCUGGCGUGUGCCGCUGUCACUUUGGCUUCGUGGGGGACAACUGCUCUUCUCAGUGCAGCUGCAACAAACAUAGCAACUGUGCCAGUGUCGCCAAGCCUGACGUUUGCCUCGAAUGCCACAAUAACACCAUCGGCAAACAUUGUGAGAAGUGCAAGCCGCUGUUCGUGGGUUCGGGCAAAGGCGGUGGCACUUGUCGGUCAUGUCGGGAGUUCUGCCGGGGGAACAGCGCUUUGUGUCUGUCUCGUGACGAGCACAAGAAAGCCCAGGAGAACCCGCGCCGCUUUCCUCUCGAGCCCAAUAGCAUCCAUAACUGGGUGUCUGAGGGUCCCACGGAGGAGAAUGCUGUAUGUGUCAACUGCCAGAACAACAGCGUUGGCGAUAAGUGUGAGAGCUGCCUCAGUGGCUUCUUCCUGCUUCAGGGGAAGUGUGAGAAGUGUCAAUGUAAUGGCCACGCAGACACGUGCAAUGAGCAUGACGGUACGGGUUGUCCGUGCCAGAACAACACCGAGACCCCCUCCUGUCUCAGUAGCCCGCAGAGUGACCGCAAGGACUGUUACAGACAACAGUGUGCCAAGUGCAAAGACUCCUUCAACGGUACGCCAGUGAAUGGUCGUCAAUGCUACCGGCAAGUCAAUGUUGACACAGAGUGCUGCUUCGACCCCACGUCGCAGACCAACUGUUUCCAUGACCCGACCAUUCGCAACCUGCCACGGGGCCGCACAGUCUUUUUUGCCGCCCAGCCCAAGUUCACCAACGUGGACAUCCGAGUCACCAUUGACGUGACAUUCGGCGAGGUAGAGGUAUAUGUGUCCAACUCUCACGACACCUUCAUCGUAGAUGUAGACCGCCGCUCUGGUGUCCACACUAUCAAGAUUGAGGAGGAGUCGCGAGGGACUACAACGGCAGGGACGGACAAGGACUCGCCACCGUCCCCGAUGAAGGGGUUCGAAAAUGCCUCGUCUAGUCUGAACGGGGGCAUUCUUUCGUACAAUCCACUGCAGCUCCAAGCGAAGCCUUCGGGCUCAGAUAGAGAGAUUCGUGAAGAACGUGCCCAAGGCCUCAUUUCUUACAUUACCGUUUGGAAACCGCAGACUGUUUUGAUCGUUCGAGGUGUUCGCGACCGGGUGGUCAUCACCUUCCCACACGAGGUGCACUCUUUGAAGUCCAGCCGCUUCUACAUUGCCCUCCGAGGGGUUGGAACAGUGGGCAAUCAGGGCGAGUCCCAAGGCCUACUCUUUCUGCGUCAGGACCAAGCCCAUAUUGACCUAUUCGUCUUUUUUUCUGUCUUCUUCUCCUGCUUUUUCCUCUUCCUGUCAGUCUGCGUGCUCCUUUGGAAAGUCAAGCAGUUCCUGGACUUCCGGAGGGAGCAGCGGCGACACAUCCAGGAGAUGACGAAGAUGGCGUCGCGGCCCUUCGCCAAGCUCACCAUUUACUUGGAGCCGGACGAGCCGCAGCUCAUAUAUCUCCCGUCGACUGGCGGUGGGGGUGUAUCUGUCACACAUGCCCGCUCCGGUAAACUCGGAGGGGUGAUGGUGGGCCAGAGGGGCCGCACCGGACCUGUGUCCUACAAACACGACCUUGGCUCAGGACCCGCAGGGCACCACCAGCACCAUCUCACACCAGCCGGUGGCAACAACGGCCAACACUUGCCUUUGCAUUACCUGAACACCCACCACUAUGCUGGCACCACUGCUGGAACCCAAGCCUCUCUGCAACAUCACCCGUCCACUUACAGCGGCUAUCAGCACUUCUGCCGUUCUGACCCCUUUCUCUCACAGCUCAUGGGCUUCUCCUACUCCUCCUUCAAGGUGGGGCCAAUCACUCUGGAGCCCACGGAUGAUGGAAUGGCUGGGGUGGCCACAGUCUUAUUUCAGCUCCCUGGUGGGGUCUUGGCUCCCAAUCGGGCCUGCUUGGGCUCGGCUCUAGUGACGCUGCGGCAGAAUCUACAGGAAUACUGCGGUCACGGCAAUGGUGGUGGGCACCCGGGGGCGGGGGGAGGCCGCAAAGGGCUGAUCGGGCAUCAGCACCUUACCACUAUGGCCGUGUAGACACACUGGCAAAUUCUGAGCUGUACAUUGAGCAGGAAAAGAAUUACCGUACUUUCCUCAUGUAGUGACUAACAGUGCAGUAAACUAGUUGUUAGCACACUUGCCUCACAGUCAGGAUUUUGGGGUUCGACUCUCCAUCUGAUUGAGUUUUUACCAGGUUUUACCGCUUCCUCUCACAUUCCUAAAACAUGCAAGUUCAUUAAAGUAAUCAGUUAAGAAGAAGAUUCACGGUUUAUUUAUAUGCGCCUUGUGAUUGACAUGCCAACAACCAAAGUUGUAGUCUGCCCAAAGUCAGGAAAAGAUCUCUAGAAAAUUCUUAGAAUAAAGAUUUGGUUACAGGUAGAACAUGUGCCUAAUAGUCAAAAGAUCUGUUUUCAAAUCUUAAAUCAUUUUAUGUGGAGUUUGCAUCUUCCUCCCAUCUUAUUGUAGCUUUUAUCUGUGUACAACUACUAUUUUUCCCCCACAUUCCAAAAACAUUUAUUUUUAGCAUAGAGUUUAAAUUGUGCAUGAGCGAUUGAAUGGUAAUCUACAGUAUACUAUCCCUAUAAUUAGCCUUAAAUCAGUUGGGAUAAGUAACCGUGUUCAGAGUUGCCUCAUGAUGGUGUCUUUAAACUCAGAAAAUGAGUCACUAUUUCCAAUGGAAAAAUCUUGGGGAAGGUGUUUUGGUUAGUUAAGCCCUAAAUGUCCGUAUAAUGAAUGGUAGCAUGUACAAACUGUGACUCUGACUGGUCACCUGACAAUUAGGCGUUUUGCUUAUUGUAUUAGGGUGCAUAUCAAGUAAAAGUGGAGUCUUAAUAGAAUCUUUAUUAUCAGUGUACAUAAAUACAACCCAGUUUAUUUAAUGGAGAAAUGUAAGAAACAGAAGAGAGGCGAACCCAUGAUGCUUAUAGUGUUCCAGAGCAACACACUGAGUCCACUGGAACCACGAUUUAUGUUAGACACUGAGGAGUGGAUAAAUAAAAAAAUGGUAAAAUUGUGAUGAAUGUUAAUUUGUCAUAGUUUCUCGGGGCCAUUACUCGAGGAAAUUCGGUCAAUUCAAGAUCUACAUCAGUAAAAAGCGUACACUAGAGUCCAGUAGACGGCGUAAUCAUCACCUGUGGUGAGCAAAUUGAACGCUUGUACAUACACUGUAUAAUGCUUUGUUAUUGAGUGUCCUCUAUGAUGUAAGGCCAUACUGUAUGACAGAGGUCCACGGUGACCAAGCCGGCUGUCCUUCAAAAUGCACUACUGUACGUACAAGAGAAAUCAUGCUUCUUUUGUUCACUUGGGAGGUACCAAGUUGGACUUUUAACAUAGGCUAUGUACCUCUGAAAAGUGACAAUCAAGGUUUGAAUAGAGGAUUUUUUUUGUGUGUGUGAAUAAUAGUUGGAAAAACUACUUAUUUUAAGACUUGUCAAUAUGUGUUCAUGUUUUGUUUUUGUUUUGUUUUUUUUAAUUAUUUUGUAUUUCACCCUUAUGCUCCAACACAUCUGCCUUCACUGCUUGCCUUGUCUGUGACUUAUACAAGGGUGGGGAAUUUUUUUCAACUCCAUCACGAUUCAUACUAAAAUGGGUGGAAAUGUGCAAUUAAGUAGUUGUUUGCCUCUUGAGGUUGGUCAGUAUUAUCUUUCUUCGACAAACAGCACAUGACACUGGUGGACAUGACACUCAUAAUACAUACCAGUACAUGAAAUUGAACAAAGUCAGCCAUUUUGGUUUAAAGCAGCGCUUCUGAGCAAAUCACUACUAGGAAUUGGCCAAACUGAGCACCAAUAAUAAGCUGCUUUCUUGCUAAGGUUAAAACUGAGGUUCCCCACCCAUGCUUUAAAUUCAAUGUAAGUGUGUUAAGUUCCUGUCGCGAAAGUAAUAUAUCCACUUAAAAAAAAAAAAGAAAAUGUAAUUUGAUGACAAGUGCAUUUGUCAGUGGAAAUGAAAUUUGCCUUUAUGUGCUGAUAUUUUGUAUGUGAAAUGUCUGUUUGGCUUGUUUUGCUGGACUUUUAUUUGAGGCAAACGUGCCUCAUAUGGAUGAUUGUAUUAGCAAUCGUAGCUGCCAUUUAAAAUAUACUGUACAACUAAUGAGAUAGUAAAUGAAUUUGCAAGUACAGUAAUACAUUUUCUUUUCAACGCUUCUCCCAGUGAGAAAUUGGCAGUGUUUUUCACAGGAAGUAAGACUGAAUGACAUAUCCACUCCACUGGUUGUUUUGAUUUUGUUUUGUGUAGGGAAGUGUGUGUGUAGGGGGGGGGGGUUUAAGCUGCACAGAACCAACCUGUGAAGUUAACCCAACUUAAUCCGUGGAUGACACAAUUAGGAAUGGUGCUACGUAAAUCCUGCUACAUACAAGUUACAUUGAACACUGUUUCUAUUUAUAAUGCCCACAAAGAAGGAUUUUUUUUCUCCUUUUGUGUAUUUGUUUUGUUAACAUGCUUUAUAUUUGUAAAUAACUUUGGUGUUUGUUUUUGAAAGAAGGGAAGUGUUGUACAAAAGAGUGCAUAAAGAUUAUCUGUCCCGAGUCUGAUGAAAUAAAAACAUAU